GAGAUUUUUAUUUUGACAGCGUGUCCCGGAUGUGACGUCAGAGAGGAAGUCAAGCGUGUUGUGCUGCAGGUGGAGAGUAGCCGGGAAAUUUUGCCGUUAUAAAUGAACUUUUCAGCGCAGUGAGACAUCUGCUGGUGAGAAGGAGGAACUGCAGAGAGGAACCUACUGCUGAGUUGUGAUGUCAUCAGAUGAGGAUGUGUCUCCGCCCACAGACUCGUAUCUCAUUGGUCAGCGUGAUGAUGUCAUUAGAGCUAAUCGUCUAGUGACGAGUGUGAACGGCAGAGAAGUGCUGCUUCUACACCACCGGGGGGAGCUCCACGCUCUGGAUGCACACUGCUACCAUGCUGGAGGUCCUCUACAGAAUGGAGACAUUGAGGAGGUAGCAGGGCGUGUGUGUAUUGUUUGUCCGUGGCAUAAAUAUAAGAUCAGUGUGUGUGAUGGUGAAGGUGUGUACCAGGCCGUGGAUCCUUCAGUGAAGCCUCUGAAACCACACUGGUGCACUAAAGGGGUCAAACAGAGAGUGCACAAGGUCACAGAGGUCAGAGGUCAUGUGUACAUCACCCUCAACACCUCACCCGAACACCUCGAGUCUGACCGGUAUCAGACUCCAGAGUACAGAAACUCAUUGUACAGGAGCAGGAAGUGACAUCGGAGGAAGCAGUUUACCUGCACAGUGUUGGUGAGGUUAAAGGUCAUGUAAAUAAACUCUGAAGGGUCACUGGGAAAGGGUCACUGGUCACAUCUUGUUCCUGAAAUCUCAUUGUUUAUCUUCAUCACUCCUGAUUAUUAUUCUGAUGAUGAUGAUGUGAGUUUAUCCAAAUAAAAACACAUUUACGGUUAAAGAGGCGGUGGACUGACUU